AUCUGUUGCAUGUUAGCGCGAUGACUGCAGACAGUGGAUCUCGGUGACAGGGUCUUGCCUUGGCUGGACUCGGGGGACUGUUGACGAUUCCCCAUGUGAAGUAGUUAUGAGGACAUAUUUGGCGCUUCCAUCUGCCCCUCGGUUUGAGGAAGCGUGAUUCAACAAGUCUAAAUCUAUCAGCCGUGAUUUACGAGAAGAACUGAGGCACACGGCCUUGCUUUACCGACCCUGACUCCCAUUAUCGUAUCUUUUAUUACCUAAUAAAAUUUGUUACAAUGGCCACUGAUCCGAAAAUCGAUGAGUUGCACCGAGAACUCCUGGAAGAGGGGCUCAAGAUGCGCCGAGCCGUCCUCGGUCAUGAGUAUGUCGACCGAGCAUGGAACAAUGCAACGCCAUUCACGCGGCCCGGGCAACAGCUCAUCACCGAGUACGCAUGGGGCAAUGUCUGGCAACGCCCCGGCCUGGAUAGGAAACAGCGCAGUCUCUUAACAAUUGGCAUAAUUAUCGCACAGAAAGCGUGGCUGGAGCUGGCACUACACACUCGCGGCGCGAUCAACAACGGUGUCUCGGAACUGGAGAUUAGAGAGGCGGUGUUGCACUCAACAGUGUACUGUGGCACACCAGCCGGUGUUGAAGCAAUGAUGGUAACAGAAAGGACGAUUAAUGAAAUGAUUGAAAAGGGUGAAUAUAGGCGACCAGAGGAAACUGGGCUUUGAACAAGAUUACUAGAUAUUGGGGUCGAGUCUUUCCUCUGUGCACCUUGCCUUGCGGAGUCUACCUUGUAUGAUUGUUA